CAAAAUAAUGGAGAAGACAGGGUUUUAUUUUCUUAUCUUCUGCCUUAAUCUUCCAGGCAUUGAGUUGGAUUUACAAUGUGGAGAAGAUAGAUUUAUGUGUGAAAAUCAUAAUCUUAAUCAGAUUUUGACAAUAAAUGAUUUUAACAAAGAACCGAGAAGAUGUGUUCCCUUGAGUUUUAGAUGUGAUGGAAGGCAUGACUGUCAGGACGGGUCGGAUGAGUUGGAUUGUGAUUUUAGUUAUCUUCGUGUUAACAGACAAUUCAAAUGUUAUGUUGGAAGCGACAAUAAUUUUGUAGUAACUGAUUGUAUUCAUUCAGACUUAAGUAAUAGGGUCUCUGAUAUAGAUAUACUCUAUAAAAUAUACUACAUGGCUGCAUCCCUGUCUGUAUCGGAAAGCAUGGAAUGGGCCUGCUCUAAGUUUAUCUAUUCCAACGGAACAGUGAUGAGAGCUUGUGAAAAGACGUACACAGGAGGAGAAAAGUUUUCAAUCUGCCAUUGGACUUCAAUCGAAGGUUCUCCGUUGAAAUGUAUGUGCUCAAAACAGCUCUGUAAUUCGUCUCCUAUAUGUAAACAUUUGUUUAUUGUUUACUUGCUUUUCUCAAUUAACAUCUUUAUUAAGCAAAUAGAACCUUAAAAUUUCAGAUUUUUGGGACAUUUUGGUUAUUUAGAUAUGCAAAUAUUUAUAUUUGCAAAUAUUUAUAUUUGCAAAUAUUUAGAUAUGCAAAUAUUUAGAUAUGCAAAUAUUUAAAUAUCCAAAUGAAUGCAUUUGUAGUAAUUUUUCUAUCCAAUAAUGGAAUAAUUAAUUCUAUCUGAAAAUGUUCAAAUCUUAAAACUAUAACUCUUGCUCAUUAAAACUUUGAUAUUACUUCCAUAUCUAUUUAUAUUGUAAAUUGAAAAUCAAUUAAAAAAAUUCAAUAGCAAAUUUUGGCCGAGUGUACUAUCAUACUAUGUAUUUAAUUUAAUUUUACAUCAUCAAACCUUUGCAGAUUAGAUUACUGUAUAUACUUGUUUAUUGCAAAAUAAUUUUUAUCUUUAUCCUUAAGUAACAAAAUCGAACUCACUGAUUAUUUAAAAGUUUAAAUGUGUGUUUUUUAUCAUACAAUGAAUGAAAAAUUAAUGAAAUAAAAACAAACCAUGGAUAAUUUUUAUACGGAAAUAUUAUUUCUUCCUGUUCAAAUAACAAAAGAAUAUAGCUAGAUAAUACAGCUGUUUAAAUGCUAUAUACUGAAAUACAUAACGAUGUGAGA